UCAGCGCCACCUGUCGGUAACAAGGUCGACAAGCAGGCGCAUUAUACCGGCCCGCCUCUGUUUUGUUUCCAGAUAGCUCGAUCCAUCAUGGCGAUGCAUGCGAAAGCGACUCCACCACAGAUCCCGGACACCCGCCGGGAGCUCGCCGAGCUGGUGAAGAGGAAACAAGAACUCGCUGAGACGCUAGUGAACUUGGAAAGACAAAUAUAUGCAUUUGAAGGCAGCUACCUAGAAGACACCCAGAUGUAUGGCAACAUCAUCAGAGGAUGGGACCGAUACCUCACUAAUCAAAAGAACUCCAAUAGUAAGACUGAUAGAAGGAAUAGGAAAUUCAAGGAAGCAGAGCGUUUAUUCAGCAAGUCAUCUGUCACAUCAGUUGCAGCGGUAUGUGCACUUGGUGGGCUACCAGAUCACAUGAAUGAAAAACGUGAGGCAGGCAGCGGCACGGAAAGCGACGCCUCUCCAGAUCUCCAGAAUCAAGAGAACGAGCCAAGCCAGGAGGACACAGAAGAUGUGGACUCGACGCUUCAAGACCUAAAGCCUCAGAAAGCUGCCUCUUCCUCAUCCUCAGGCAGCCAUCACGGGAGCCACAAGAAAAGGAAGAACAAAAACAGACACAGUCCUUCUGCCAUGUUUGAUUAUGACUUUGAAUUUGACAUGAAAGUUAACAAGAAACCGAGAGCUGACUAUUCAACUUAGCAAAGAUGACUGGAACACGUGGACUCACAUGAGGACGUUACCUGUAGAGAAACACAAGAUUUCUGGACUUUAUGAACUUUGUAUGCCUUUUUUUUUUUCUCGGAUGUCAUAUUUCAGCCUGUACUGUCUGUGUGUUUUGCUUGAAACAUUCCCCCCCUCCCAUUUCUGUCAUCUACAUUUUGGUUUUAACCCAAGUACGUAGAAAUAUGGUGUUGCAUGUUACUUGAGGCCGUAUUUGGCCCACCUCCAGUAACGCACCAUUUUGUAUAGUGUGAAAAAAGAUUGUAUUUAUUAUGUAGUUAAUUUCCCAUUGUAGGAAUGUUAAGCUUUUUUAUUUUUAUUUUUGCUUUUUUUCAAGCAUCACAUCAUCACAUUGCCCUUGAAUACCCCAGAUUCUUUUAUUACAUGGUUGUUUUGCAAAAAAAUAAUAAAAUACCAGUAACGGGAA